AUGUUUAGGAAAAUGUAAUCAAUAAAUGAGUUUUUUGAUCUUUAUGAAGCAUUACAUUAUGAAUUGAAAAUAAGAUGUGAAGAAACUUUAACAAUCAUAAGUUAAUUGAAUAAUCCCUCAAUUCUAGGAAAAAGCUAUGAAAUACCAAAUAUUAUAACUAAUGAUCAAAAACCAUCAAUCCAAGAGUAUAAUAUAAUUGAUACUCAAAUUUAUGAUUUAGUAUUGGAUAUAAAUAUGAGUUCUUCAUGGAAGGUAGUUGUUAAUCCAAUAUUUCAAGUUAUUGGUGAAUAACAAUGAACUUAAGGGAGCUAGAGUUGCAGUACUUGGUUUAUAUGACAAAGGUAAAACGCAUAUACUAAAUCAAUUAACAAAUUAAAAUCUACCCACAGGAUCUAAAAUAUCAACCAAAGGAAUUAGUUUUAAAUAAUGUAUAGUUGACAAAAAUAAUUCAUUUGUGUUGAUUGAUACAGCAGGUAGUUAUGCACCUGAGAAUCUGAGAAAUUUAAAAGAGAAAUAAUAGAUUGAAAAUGCUAUUCUAGAGAUAUCAUUUGAAUUAACAGACUACUUUAUUUGUGUUGUCAAUGAUUUUACAAGCAUUGAAGUUAGAUAUUUAGAUUAAUUAGCUCGUAAAUUAAGCACUUCUCUCAAAUAAUUUAAAGAAAUAAUUGUAAUCCACAAUCUUAAAGAUAUAACUAAUCCAAAUCUGAUACAACAUGUUUGGUAAGUAUAAAUUGAAAAAAUCUUAGAAGGAAAUAUAUAGAAAUCAACUGUCGAAGCAAUGAAUCCUUUCACAAAUCAAUUGGAAGAAAAGUCUGUUUUGUGGUUUAAUACAGAAACAAGUAGACAUAUAUGUAUUGUAAAUGAUAAUUCUGAUUUGGGUAAGAGUAUUAAUCCUUGGACUUAUAGUCUACUUAAAUAUUGGUUAAAAUUGGUUGUUGUACCUCAUUAAAAGAAAAUAUUAAAAUAUGAUGAUAUAGUAGAGGUUUGUGAAUUAAAAAUGUGUACACUCUUAAAAAAACAAAUAAAACUAACAAUUUAAGAUACUCAUUUACCAAAUGAAAAAAGAAUUGUCAAAUAAUAAGCUACCUCACCUAAAUUUACUUAAACUAUUUCUACUGCUAAAUUGAUAUCUACACCUCUUGAUAUUGAAAAUGAAGAAGGUGAAGAAUAUGAACCAUAAAUAGAUAUUAUUUAAGGAACUCAAUAUAUUGUACUAAUAGAUUUACCUGGUGUUUCACUAGAAGAAGUAGAAAUCUAUAGAUAGAAUGUCUCUACCAUAGUUCGAGGACAUAAAAAAAUCUCGAUGUAUACUAAUAAAGCUACAUAUAUUAAAUAAGAAAGAAAAUCUGGUCCAUUUGAUUUAAGAUUUAAGAUUCCUGAUGAAUAUGAUCCUAAAUGGAAAUAUUAUGGUAUGAAUAAUGGAGUACUUGGUAUUGUUUAUAAUCUUGAUUCAGAGGACUCGAUUUUACCAAAAAAGAAUUAAUUUUGA